UCUUGUUUUUUUUUUUUUUUUUAUGAUUUUAUUCCCUGCCCAAAUGUUCUGGGCCUGCCAAGGUCAAUUCCGGUCUCCAGGUGCGAGCAACACUAAAGAAGUGCGAGUAGGACUAGCAGAAACGGGGUUCAAACCUGGUUUGAUGCUUGUCUUGCCAUUCUGUAUACUUACCCGUCCUGCGGCAGCACGCCUUGGACGGGUGGCUUGGUGUCGGGGCCUGGUAAUGAGCAGCUGCCCGCCCCCCUGCAUGCGCCAAGCGGCGGCCAUCGGAAUGACUGGAGACAUGCAGAGAAACCAAACGAUUCGUGCCUUUGUUUCUCCGCACUGCCCAUACAGUGGAAAAGGGGGGUUGCCCAGGAAUGGGGUCGAUUCGCGAUCUUCAUCCAGGCAGCCGUUAUGGCCGACAUGACGCAAGGGGGCCUAUAGGUAGGUACCUGCCUAUAUAGGUACCCAGAGCUAAGUAUAUUAACCCUCCCCGUCCCUCUCGUCGCAGCCCGGACAGUCCGGACGUGGUACGCGCGUUGUGACCCUCGUCCACGAGGAUCUGCACCAGUCAGUCGCUGCCUUUGCGUGUGACGUUAUAAUCUCUUUAUAACGGCCACACAGGAGCAGCACUUUCUUCCGCCGUCCCUCCGUCCUCGUCAGCCGAGCAUCGUUGCACGAGAGACGCUGCCAACAUGCGCCUUUCAGACUUUGCUCUGUCCUUGCUGGCGGGCACUGGCUCUGCCCAGGCACAGCUCGCCACCUCUGGUCCUCACUACCCAUCGCCAUGGAUGCAUCCUGAUGCCGACGGUUGGACCGAGGCGUACGCCAAGGCCAAGGAGUUCGUCUCCCAAAUGACCCUCAUCGAGAAGGUCAACCUCACCACUGGUGUCGGCUGGCAGAGUGAGCGCUGCGUCGGUAACGUCGGAGCGGUUCCCCGCCUCGGGCUGCGCAGCCUGUGUCUCCAGGACUCUCCUGUUGGUAUCCGGUUUGCCGACUAUGUCUCCGUUUUCCCCGCGGGCAUGACGGCCGCCUCGACCUUCGACAGGGGCUUGAUGUACCGCCGCGGAAAGGCCAUGGGCCAGGAGGCCAAGGACAAGGGCGUCAAUGUACUUCUCGGGCCCGUGGGUGGUGGCAUUGGCCGCACGGCCGUUGGCGGUAGGAACUGGGAGGGCUUCUCACCCGACCCUGUGCUCACUGGAGUGGGCAUGGCCGAGACGAUCAAGGGCAUCCAGGACGCCGGCGUCAUUGCCACGGCCAAGCACUUCAUCGCCAACGAGCAGGAGCACUUCAGGCAGAGUGGCGAGGCCCAAGGCCGAGGCCACAACAUCACGGAAUCUCUGUCAUCCAACGUGGACGACAAGACGAUGCACGAACUCUACCUGUGGCCUUUUGCCGACGCCGUCCGCGCCGGUGUUGGCGCCGUCAUGUGCUCAUACAACCAGAUCAACAACUCGUAUGGUUGCCAGAACAGCAAGCUUCUCAACGGCCUGCUCAAGGGCGAACUUGGAUUCCAGGGCUUUGUCAUGUCGGACUGGCAGGCGCAACACACGGGCGUGGCAAGCGCUGCGGCGGGCCUGGAUAUGACCAUGCCCGGCGACACCACCUUCCUCAGCGGUCUCAGCUUCUGGGGCGCCAAUCUCACCCUCGGAGUGGUCAACGGCACCGUGCCCGAGUGGCGUAUCGACGACAUGGCCAUGAGGAUCAUGGCUGCUUUCUUCAAGGUCGGCAGCACCGUCGAGCAGCCCGACAUCAACUUCAGCUCGUGGACCCUGGACACUUACGGCCCACUCCACUACGCCGCCCAGAAGUAUGUCCAGCAGGUCAAUAAACACGUUGACGUGCGCCGAGACCACGGUAACUUGAUCCGUGAAGUCGCGGCCAAGGGAACCGUGCUCCUAAAGAACAAGGGCGCACUCCCUCUCAACAAGCCCAAAUUCCUGGCUGUGGUGGGCGACGAUGCUGGUUCCAACCCACAGGGUCCCAAUUCGUGCCCCGACCAAGGCUGCUUGAAGGGAACGCUUGGCGUGGGCUGGGGUUCCGGAACUGCCCGCUUCCCUUACCUGGUUACCCCUGACGCUGCCCUCCAAGCCAAGGCGCUUGAGGACGGCUCGCGCUACGAGAGCAUCCUGGACAACUACGCCACCUCUCAGAUCAAGUCCUUGGUUAGCCAAACGCAUGCGACGGCCAUCGUCUUCGUCGCUGCGAACUCGGGCGAGGGCUACAUCAGCGUUGACGGCAACGCCGGCGACCGCAAGAACCUGACCCUCUGGUACAGCGGCGACGACCUCGUCAAGAAUGUCAGCAGAUGGUGCAACAACACCAUCGUCGUCAUCCACUCGGUUGGCCCGACAAUCCUGACCGAGUGGUACGACAACCCGAACGUGACGGCCAUCGUGUGGGCUGGUCUCCCAGGACAAGAGUCGGGCCGGUCCAUCGUGGACGUGCUCUACGGAAAGGUUAACCCGGCCGGACGCACCCCCUUCACAUGGGGCAAGACCCGCGAGUCCUACGGAACCGACGUUCUGUACAAGCCCAACAAUGGCAAUGGUGCUCCUCAGCAGGACUUCACUGAGGGCGUCUUCAUCGACUACCGCCACUUUGACAAGGAGAAGGACACGCCCAUCUACGAGUUCGGCUUCGGGCUGAGCUACACGACAUUUGAGUACUCGGACCUAGUGGUCGAAAAGUCCAACGCCGGCGAGUACAAGCCCACGACUGGAGAGACCAUCGCGGCUCCCGUUUUUGGCGCCAACGUGUCCAAGGACCUGUCCAACUACGUGUUCCCGUCUGGCGAGUUCCCGUACGUGUACAAGUUCGUCUACCCGUACCUCAACACCUCAGAGUCGGGCGAGAAGGCCUCGGCCGACCCCAGGUACGGGCAGGCGGCGGACAAGUUCAUGCCCCCCGGCGUGCUGGACGGGUCGCCGCAGCCCCGCCUGCGGUCGGCGGACCGGACCAAGCCCGGCGGCAACCGUCAGCUGUACGACACCGUGUACACAGUGACGGCCACCAUCAGGAACACGGGCUCGCUCGCGGGUGACGAGGUACCGCAGCUGUACGUGUCCCUCGGGGGGCCCGAGGACCCGCCCGUGGUCCUGAGGGGCUUCGACCGCAUCCGCAUCGACGCGGGCGGCAGCGCACAGUUCAAGACCCGCAUCACGCGCAGGGACUUGAGCAACUGGGACGUGGCCGCCCAGGACUGGGUCAUCUCGAAACACCCCAAGAAGGUGUUUGUCGGCAGUAGCAGCCGGAAGCUGCCGCUGAGCGCGGACCUUGCUUGAAGAGGCUGGCUACAAGGAAGCCACUACUGGGAAGGGUGGGUAGAUACCGAUAUAGGUGGUUGAAAAGGGCGAGCAAAAUAUGGGGAAUUAUAUGGCCAUUCUAACAACCGGUUACACCCCGGGCGGUCACUGUUAUUUAAUUGUUUAUUAAAUAAUAGAAUCCAAGUCGACAAGGAAUAACGACGGGAACUGCGCGGGUGCUAAUACGCAAC